CUAUCCGCUCCACUGUGGGCUCGGCGACAGUGCAGAACAUGAUGCAAGGCAGCAGGUACAUCUUGGCUUUGUGGGCGGUUGUCCUGCUGGGUGGGACGAGUCAGGGGGACCCACAGCUGCCACUUGCUUCUGCCCCUGGGAACAUCAUCAUCGGGGCGCUCUUUCCCAUCCACGAGGGCACCGAGAAAACCAAGCUGUCCCCUCCACAGGCUCCGAUAUGUGAAAGAUUCAGCCCAGGUGGGACAGUCAUGGCUCUGGCACUGAUCCACGCUGUGGAAUCCAUGAAUCGGUCCCCAUUGCUGACACGACGUGGACUCUCGCUGGGCUACCGCCUCCACGACUCAUGCUCAGAUGUGACCACCGCAGUUCUGACCACGCAGACCUUCAGCAGCGUGGCUCUGGAGUGCGGGCCGGCGCUCAAUGGCACCCGGCACCAUCCCGCUGUCACAGCCGUCAUUGGAGAGAUGUACUCCGAGGUGUCCAUUGCAGUCGCCAGGCUCCUGAACCUUCAGCUCAUUCCUCAGAUCAGUUAUGCUUCCACUGCUGUAAUUCUGAGUGACAAGAACCGUUUCCCAGCUUUUAUGAGAACCGUCCCAAAUGAUGAUCACCAGACCCGGGCCAUGGUGAAGUUACUGAGUGACAACGGGUGGACCUGGGUGGGCGUCCUCACCACCGACGGGGAGUACGGGCGCCACGCGUUGGACAGCUUUGUGUCCCAGGCCUCAGAAAAGGGAAUCUGUGUCGCGUUUCAGCAGGUCCUCCCAGACUUACUCUCUGAUUUGAACAUUUACAGAAAGAUCACCUCAGCCGCUAGGACCAUCGCAGAGAAUCCCAAGGUCCGAGUCGUCGUGUCUUUUGCCAGACCUGAACAUAUGAAGCACCUGUUUGGCGUCCUUCACCCGAACGCUAUGGAUAAAGUCUGGAUUGCCAGUGAUGCUUGGUCUUUGUCUAAAGAUUUGUUUGAGGAGUACAGUAUCCCUGCUAGCAGCAAAGUGCUGGGUUUCACAUUCAAAAGUGGAAACCUCUCUUCCUUCCAUCACUACCUGAAAAGCCUGGAGCUCAGCAUGGACAUCACAAAGAACCAGGCCUUUCCUUUGUCUCUUGCAAACCGCAGUGAAGUCCAGGGCCUGUCCACAGAAAGCCUUCUAAACACUACAAAUGGUGGAGUCAUCUUUAGCAUUCAGAUGGCUGUGACUGCCAUAGCCCAUGCGGUGGCUGAGCUCUGCACUGCCCGUGACUGCAGUGUCCCCAGCAGCGUACAGCCCUGGGAGUUGCUUGCAGCUCUGAAGAAAACCAGAUUUGAAGUGGAAGGAAAAUUCUACAGCUUUGACUCUGAAACAGGAGACAUAAACUUGGGCUACAACUUUGUCCAGUGGGGUCCUGGUCAAGGGGAUGUGUUGGCAGAGUACCACCCCACCAACGACAGCUUCUCCUGCACAAGCGCCAUCACUCAGAGGAUGUUCCAUCAUCUACAGAGUGUGGUUUCCAAGUGCUCCAACAGCUGUGUGCCAGGGCAGUUCAAGAAGACCACCGAAGGCCAGCACACCUGUUGCUAUGAGUGCGUCAACUGCACUGAGAAUCACUUCUCCAAUAAAACUGACAUGGACCAGUGCUUCAGCUGUGGACCCCAUGAAUGGUCACCAGUAGGAAGUUCUCAGUGUGUUGCCAAAACUGUGAUGUUCUUCUCGUGGCAAGACAGGUUUGCCAUGGUGCUCUUGGUGCUGGCACUGCUGGGUAUUCUGCUGACCCUCUCAGUGGGUGUGCUUUUUCUCUGCCAUCGCCACACCCCUGUGGUAAAGGCAUCUGGUGGGCCUUUGAGCUUUCUGACCCUCCUGGGUCUGACGGGCAGCUUUUCGAGUGCUGCUCUCUUCAUCGGUCAGCCUACCCGGCUACAGUGCCAGGUUCGCCAGGUACUCUUCGGUCUCAGUUUCACCCUCUGCGUUGCCUGUAUCCUAGUGAAGUCCCUCAACAUCUUGUUGGCCUUCCAGUUGAAUCCAGCCUUGGUGUCCCACCUGUGCCGACUGUACCAACCCUACGCCAUUAUCAGCUCGUGCGUUGGGCUCCAGGGGCUGAUCUGUGGUCUAUGGCUUGCGCUCUGCAGCCCCACUGAGACCAUGCAACUGGGUGAGACCACUACCUUGGCAGUGUGCAGCGAGGGCUCGUACGAGGCAUUCGGCACUAUGCUGGGCUACAUCGCUCUGCUGGCACUCAUAUGCUUCGCCUGCGCUUACAAAAGCAGGAAACUACCUCAAAACUACAACGAGGCCAAGUUCAUCACAUUUAGCAUGCUCAUCUACUUCAUAUCCUGGGUCAUCUUCAUCCCUGUUUAUGUUACAACUACCGGCCUGUACUUGCCAGCUGUGGAGAUGGUUGUCAUUCUGAUAUCAAAUUUUGGCAUUCUGAGUUGUCACUUCUUCCCGAAAUGUUACAUUAUUCUGUUUAAAAAGGCUGAAAACACUAAAGACGCCUUCUUGAAGAAAGUGUACGAGUACUCCUGGAAAGAGGCAAGCACCAUCAGUGUAAACAAGCCAAUAAUGGAUAAUUCCCCUAUCUUCUGUAUCUGCCAGGCCUCACCUGGUACUCAUUACACUGACCCAAAGGGAUCAGGUUCUGUGGCUGGUUUGUCAACAUGA